AUGUCCCGCUCAAGUCACCGGACACGUCUUUUGACGUUUAUCGGGACCGCCGUGGCGAGUGGGAUCGUUUUCCACCUGUUAUUGCUUGGACUUGGCGCUGUCCCGACAGGUGGUACUGUAGUCGAAGAAUGGUGGGGAAGACCUAAACCCGGUCCUGUGGACGCACCAUCUCCCACUGACAUUGUCACGCAUCAACCGCCGUCAACGGGUCCUUGUUCGACGGAUACGGCGCAUCCCUAUACUCGUCCAGGUUUGGGCCAGUAUAUCACACCAGACGAAGAUGAAUGGACAUUGGAGCGGAUUCGCACAAUGGUCUCCAAGACGAAGGGAUAUUAUGCUCGUGACUAUAGUUUGGGACUUGGAUGGAAUAACAUGCGGUAUAUUGUUGAGGCUAGCGUGUUACACGCUCAUCUCCUUAACCGGACGUUGGUACUCCCUUCCUUUGUCUAUGCACGAGCCUGCGAGCACAACAUCACCGUCUGUGCCGCGUUUGCGAUCAUGGUCAAUCGUGGUGAUGCGAUCGGCUGGGGCGAAUGGCGAGAGCUUCCCAUUGAGAAACAGAUGGGGUGGCGUAUACCUAUUGACAUCAUGCUUGACCUUGACCACCUUCGCAAGGAUUACUCCGUUAUCACAGUAAGCGAAUAUCUCAAACUACACAACAUGGACCCGGACAAGGAAUGGUCCAAUGGUGCUUGGCAACGUGAGGCGUAUCACGACACUUUCCCAAAGCCCUCUCUCGCUGUCAUUCCCAAUAAUGAGUACGAUCCAUCUGGUGUCAUCCGCGUGGACAAGCUCCAGCCCGCUCCGGAGCAGGCCGAAACAACCAUCAUCACCACUUCUUUGAUGAACGUUCUGGACAAGAACAGUUUCUCAAUGAGGCUCGAUGACGCAGAGAAGGCACUGGUGAAGAACGGUCUGAAGAGCUGGACGAGUGAGAAGGAACUGGAGGAGUUGCUCGAGAAGGAAGGCUGGGCGAUUUUGCAUACCUUCGCAGGAUAUGCACGGAUGGACUUCCUGAAAAGUACUGUUGAGCCAUUGAAGCAAAUCACUCGACGGGAAUUUCUAAAGGGCCUCGUCGACGAUUACGAUCAUCUUACCGAAGACGUCCUGCUCCUUGAGGGCGAGACUCACUUGAGUCGGAAACCUGGUGCUCUCCGGUUUACAACUCCAGAGGCUCGCGCACAUUUUGCGGAUCUUGUCCUUCACAGUAUGAGACCAAUACCGUCAAUUCUUAAGGUGACCGAUAUCAUUGCUGAGCGUAUGAGGAAAGUAAAUGAUGGACGAAUGUGGCUUGCUGGUCAUAUGCGACGUGGCGACUUCGUCAGACUUGGGUGGUCUAUGGAAGGACCAGUCGAGAAGCACCUCGAACGGAUAAAGGAGCAUUUAUCGAAUGGUGGCGCGUUGAUUCGUCAACUCAUUAAGGAUGGUGUUCAUUGGGGAACGUAUGACGUGCCAAACGUCAAACCUGACGAGGCUUUUGGCAAGUUAGAACCCCCACGAGUAGACGAUAAAUUUUAUAUCGCAACCGAUGAGCGAGAUCCAGAAGCGUUGAAGUAUAUCCGUGAGCAUGGCGCUAUCCUCAUCUCGGACCUCCUCACUCCCGAAGACCGACGGCUGGUUGGUUGGCCACUGCUCGUCACGGAUGUAUUGGCUUUGCUCGAACAAAAUGUCAUGUCCCACGCCGCGUACUUCUAUGCACAUGCCAUGUCAAGCGUUGCUGGUGGCGUCGUCAACCUAAGAGCCGCGAGAGGCAUGGAUCCUCGGCUAACGCUCAUUGACUGA